AUGGUCUUGAUCGAAGAUUCAUCGUGGGAACCAAUCAAAGAGACUGACAAGCAACAGUUUUGCGUGGAAAUGAUGAAACGUCUUCAUAUUCAAAGAAAGAAUGAGCAGUUCUGCGAUGUUGUGUUGGAGGUGUGCAACGGCGAGGAUCAAGCUCGCUUCAACGCUCACAGGGUCGUAUUAUGCGCAGGAAGCCCAUUUUUCUACAGUGCCCUUAACAAUGACAUGAGAGAGAGCAAAGAAGGACUUAUUAGAUUAGAAGAUAUGAGCAAAGUUGCGAUCGAGGAAUUGUUAGACUAUCUCUACACCGGACACGUGGAUGUCACGCAAGACAACGCGUUCGAUUUGUUCAAGAUUGCCGAUUUUUUGGUGAUCCCCAGUUUGAAAGAGAUUUCAAGCAAGUUUAUCAUACAAACAUUGUCUUCUUCAAACUGUCUCAUGGUAUAUUAUUUGGCUGUGAAUUAUCGGUGCAUUGAAUUACAGGAAAAAGCGAGAGAUUUUAUCUUUGCAAAUUUCGCCAGCGUUGUCGAACACGAAGACUUUCUGAACUUAACCCUCAGCGAGGUGGAAAAGUGGAUUUCAAGCGAUGAAAUCAGUGUAAGAGGAGAAGAGGACGUUUUUCAGGCAAUUGUGAAGUGGGCGGAACAAAACGGGGACGGAGAACUUGAGAAAUUUUUUGAAUUAUUUCGUCAUGUUCGGCUUAUUUACUUGUCACGUAACUAUGUUUUGAAUGAAAUUUUACCACAUCCUAUGGUAACCGAUGACAAAGCAUGUACAGCAUUUGUCUUAGAUGCAAUGAAAGAGGUUUCUUCUGGCUGUGAGGAGUGCUUUUUUGCCCAAGCACCAAGAAACUGUCUUAAAACAACAGAAGAUUGCCUUGUUGUCUCUGGGAUACGUGAAAGAACACUUUGCUACCUUCCUGCUGAAAACAAGUGGUAUGAAGUGGCAGAGAAAACAAAGAGUACGAGUUAUUUUUAUGCGUGUGCUUCUCAUGGUAAACUUUAUAUCAGUGAAAGACCUGGUCUUGAUCAUAGAAUGGAUCGAUUUGAUCCAGUUGUAAACUCAUGGGCACCUGUGAUGUGUUACAGUGGUCUGACAUCGCACCAAGAUGCAGCAGCUGUGGUCAAUUUCCAAGGGUUUUUGUAUGUGAUUGGUGGAUAUAAAGGUGUAGAGACUGUAAGCUGUGUGCAUAAGUACAAUCCUGAGACAAACCUAUGGCAGGAAGUGGCACCAAUGAAUGUUUCCAGAGGUCAAGUGUGCGCCGUAGCUGACAAGGACACCAUAUAUGCAGUUGGAGGUUCCGCAGAUGAUCAAAUACUGGAUGUAGUAGAAAGAUUUGACUCCAAAAUGAACUCUUGGUGUAGGGUUGCUUCAAUGCUAGAGAAGAAAUUGCUCCCUUGUGUUGCAAUUUUAAAUGCUAGAGUGUUUCUAUUUGGAGGUUUUACUAGUACUCAUCCCAUACAUGCAUCUUCAAGCAUUGAGAUGUAUGACCCAACUUCAAACAUGUGGACAGCCAUUCAGGGUAUAUCUGCACCAACACGCUUUUUUAGUGUGACAAGUUUUAAAGGAAGUGUUUAUGUUAUUGGAAAUUGGACCCAGGAAAGUCCUGGUAGUUUCUUGCGGAUAUAUGAUGUUGAAAAGAAUGAGUGGAAGCACUGCUCAAGUGUACCUGUUGUCUCAUGUGGAGUUGCUUUGACUCCUCUGAGAAUUCCUAGGGACAUUUUAAGCACAUGUAAGGUUGUAACAUAA